CUCAUGGUCAUAUGACAAACUGUCUUUCUCUACUUUAUUUUGUAAAAAUAGUGGGCCUGCUCUUUCUUUGCCUUUUUCUUUAUCUUCACCUGUUCAUCAUUUCCUUUUCUUCAGCUUAAACACUGUAACUUCUUGUUUACUGCUUUUCAUUCAUUCAAUCCCUUUUCUUCCCACUACUGCUCAUCCAUGGCCACCACUGCUCUUGAUGCUCACACUGUUGCAUCAGUAUCAGUAUCAGAAUCUGAAGCAGAUCAUCACCAGCCAGAGGAGAAGAAGGUUAACGAAGAAAUUCAAGCAACCGAAGAGGAAAACAUUCUACCACCUAAUGAUGAUGGAAAAAAGGAUGAGAAUGGAAAAUCUGAAGAAGACAAGGAUUUAGGUAUCGAAAAUCCUGUCACCAAAACACAAGAAACGCCACAUGAUAAAAUAAAUGAACAUUCUGUAAUUGCAGAGUUCGAAAAAUUUGACAACAUAACUGCUUUAAAUAUUUCUGUGGAUAUUUCGUCUGGAGAAGCUGAACCAUCUUCCACCAUAGAUGCCGCAAGUAAGACUCUUGAAACAGAAAGCGAGGCAAAACCAACAAGUGAAAUUUUAUCAGAGGAGAAAGCAGCCGUUGGAUCAUCUAAAGAAAUAGCCAAGGAGAAACCAGAAAGUGAAGCUAUCAAAGAAGUCGCAGAGGAGAGAUCAGGAGUUGACAUUGAAGUAGUUGAAGAAGCAGAAGAGGAGAAGCCAAAAGCUGAAAAUGUGCUAGAGGUUACACCAGUAGAUGCUCAAGUAGUUGAAACGACACAAGAGGAGAAACCAUCAGAUGAUAAUGUACAAGAUGAUAAACCAGCAGUUCAAAGUGUACAAAAAGAAAAACCAGUUGUUGAAGAGUUGCUAAAGGAGAGGCCAUGGGUUGAAAAUUUACAAGAACAGAGCCCAAUCAUUGAAGUUGUACAAGAGGAGAAACCAAUAGUCGAAGAGGAAAAUCUAGCAGUUGAGAACAGAAAAGAGCAGAAACCAGCUGUUGAAGAUUUCGAGGAGAAGAAGCUAGCAAUCGAAGGCAUUCAAGAGAAGAAACCAAUAAUCAAAGAUGUGCAAGAGGAGAAACCAGCAGUUGAAGAUGUGGCAGAGGAGAAGCCAAAAACUGAAGAUGUACAAGAGGAGAAGCCAACAAUUGAAAAUGUACUAGAGGAGAAGCCAACAAUUGAAAAUGUACUAGAGGAGAAAACGGCAGUUGAAGAUGUCAAAGAGGAGAAGCGAACAAUUGAAAAUGUACUAGAGGAGAAACCGGCAGUUGAAGAUGUACAAGAGGAGAAGCCAACAAAUGAAAAUGUACUAGAGGAGAAACCGGCAGUUGAAGAUGUACAAGAGGAGAAGCCAGCAGCUGAAGAUGCACAGGCGGAAAAACCAGCAGUUGAGAUGUUACAGGCGGAGAAAAUAGUAAUUGAAGAUAUGCAGGACGAGAAACCAACAGUGAAGACGUGCAAGUGGAGAAGCCAGUUGAUGAUGUACGAGGGGAGAAGCCAGCAGUUGAAGAUGUACAAGAGGAGAAACCAGUAGUUGAACAUGUACAAGAGGAUAAACCAACAGUUGAAGAUGUACAA